AGAACGCGUGAUAGAGCCGAGUGUUAGCGCGCAGAGUUAUCUAUCACUGCCUUCCGGACCGGACAGUCCUGAGAGUCCUCACGGGCUGCUCCUCAUCUCCUGAUAAACCCUACAGGGACGCGCCUUUCUGUAUUUUACGGAGCAAAAAAAUAAAUAAAUUAGCUUUCGUUUUUUAAAUGAAACGAAGACCUGCCUGGAUUUCCAUCUGUUUUCAAUUACGGGAAGUAGUCAUUUGACAGGGAUAAAAAAAAAAAUCUGAUUAACAGGAAAACUUCAGCUGGAUUUCACUGGAUGGCAUUUUGACACCUUAGGCUAAUACAAAGAGCUGGAGUGACCUGUUCUUUCACCAAACUACUAAAAGUACAUGACAGAAGAUGAGGAACUAAACUGACUCUAAAAGUACAUGACAGAAGAUGAGGAACUAAACUGACUGCCUCUUCGUGGGAUGCACUUCCACCUGUGUUGUUUAGGCUGUUAAACCAUGGAGAAUGAAAACAUGCCUUUUACAUGAUGCUUCUGGUUUAAAGAGCAGCAGAUGACCAGUCAGGAAGCUAAACAAGAAAUCUGAUAAAAUUACCAACAGCCUUGUUCCAAGUUGAAUUAACCCUUUCCACUCAGUUGUGUUCUAAUCUACUCCUAGAGAAAGCUUGAUUUCACAGUGGAAGCAGGUAUCUCUGACAUCAAGAGAUGAAACGAGAACGCUUUAAGCCCCCAGAACCAGAUGACCCUCUGUGCUGCUGUGGAGACAUCGACCAGCAGAGAGAGUACUGCUGCUGUGACUGUGAAGAACUCGAUGAUGCCUGCGAAAGGUUACUAAGAGGAGAGCAGGACAAGCCAGACAUCUUCUCUCGUUUCAUCUCUCGAAUGGCUGAUUGUUUGGGUUUGCCCUGUUGUGCCAUAGGACCCCUUCGAGUGGAAAUAUCUGCCUUGCCUCCGAUGGUAUUAAUUCCUGGCCUGUUGCGAGUGGCAGCAUUUAACUGUGUGUUGGGAGUUGUAGUCCUAACUGUCCUACCAGGACUGGUGCUUUGGUAUUACUAUGUGACUCACAGAAGGAAAAGACGCACAUUGUUUUUCCUCAGCUUGGCACUUUUCUCCCUUGCCUACAUGUACUACCUUUUCCUUACUGAGAUCGUUCCCAGAGGAGACGUCAGUAAUCUGCAGCUGGUUACUGCGACGACAGGCAUGAUGUUGACACUUAUCUCCCUUGUGCGCACCAAACAAGGACCAGGCUUUGUCAAAUCCCAGUCAUUAGCUCCCGGAGUUAACAGUAUCUCUACAACCAAUCAGAACCCAGACAUACCUGGAGACUCUGCCCCCUGCAAUGGAAUCAGCCAGUCAAAUGGGGAAAAGGAAGGGAAGAAGAAGUUAUGUCCUGUUUGCCGAUUGGUGCGCCCACCAAGGGCAGGGCACUGCAGGAUCUGUGGAGCUUGUGUCCUUCGAAUGGACCACCAUUGUGUUUGGAUAAACAGCUGUGUAGGUCAAGCCAAUCACAGACAGUUCAUUUUGACGCUCCUUCUCUUCCUGCUGACAUCGUUCUACGGGAUCAGUUUGGUGUUAAAGAGUAUAUGUCCAAGACAGAGUCUAUUCACAGCCAUUUUAUACUGCCCUGGAGUUUAUAAUCAAUACAGCACAGCGCUGUGUUUUACAUGUGUGUGGUACAGCGUGAUCAUAACAGGCGGUCUGCUCCACCUGUUCAUCCUUCAGAUCAUCAAUGUCAGUUACAAUGUAACGGAACGCGAAGCUCAGAUCGCUUUGCGCAACAAAACUGGUAGACGACGCUUCUGUGGCCUGGUUGUGGAGACGGGGGUCUAUUCACGAGGCUUCCUCCAGAACUGGAUUCAGUUCCUCACAAUGAACACGGAUGAGAACAGUUCCCCUCUCACCUUCACAGACAUGUGGUCAUAUCUCUGUACGGACAUAUUGAAUUGGGUUCUAUGACCACAGCAAUGUUUUUAUGAAAUAUAAUAAAACUCUGCGCAUAAAUACUGCCGCUUUAUGGCAUAAAUGGGCAACUUUGUGUUGUUAAUGACAAGUAUAAGAGAUAUUAUGAACAUGUGAACUGAUGAUAGAUAGAACUGGGAAAAAAUGUGACACCCUGAAAUGCUAAUAAACCAAAAAAUACAUUUGACACCAAAUUCAUAAUCCAUGUAAUUGUAAAUAUGCUACUAUCUUUGUAGUGUGCUCUCUCUCUCUCAGGACAAAUGACUACAGGUUUCUUUCUGUGUUUAGUGCUCACUGAAAAGCAGUGUUAAAGGGGUCAUGAACUGAGAAAUCUAAAUGAUAUAUCUUUUAAUAUACAAGAAGUGAUUUUGCUAUAAAAACAAUUUGUAAGUUUCAGAACUCAAAACAUAAUUGUUAGUCUAAAAACAGCUUAUACUGAAGUCAAUCUUUCAAAAUGAAAGAAUGUGCCACUUUAUGACGUAAUAGUGUUGCUAAGCACUGCUUCCUUGAAGAUCAUCAACACCUGAUUCUACAUCACUGCCUGUUUAGCCCCGCCCACUGAUUCGCACAUGUAGCAUAAAUAAUGAGGGAAGCCCAAGUCUAUGCAGUAAUCGAACAAUACACUUUAUCUUUAUU